AUUCAUAAAGAAAGGGUUAAAAAAAUUCAAAAUCCUCACCAACUUUACACAAACAAAAUCCCCUUUUCAUUUUCAUGUUUUAUCCUACUAAACGGCGGCGUUUAGCUUUUCGCAAACAUGCUUUCGCCUUUUCUCGCCUUGUGAUUUUUCCUUUCUUUCUCACCGGAGAAAUUUUGUAAGGUGACUUUCUUCGGAGUUGCAGCAGAGCAUUGGCCUUCAUUCGCCGGUGGGUUCAAAAUAACUGUUUCCAAGUGAUAUUCAGUACCAAGAUUGUUUCAGAAGCGUAAAUUUCAGGUGAGAAGUGAAAAAAAGAAAUUAUGGUUGCAAAAGAUUAUAACAAAAUCAAAUUAUCGACCAAAGCCGAAGUGGGAGAAAUCGAUACCAGUGCACCGUUUCAAUCUGUUAAAGAUGCUGUCAAUUUAUUCGGUGAGGGUGCUUUUUCCGGUGAAAAGCCUCCCAUUCGGAAAGCCAAACCACAAUCUGCCGAUAGAGUGCUGUCAAAAGAGACACAGCUUCACUUGGUCGAAAAAGAGUUGAAUAGGUUGAAAGAACAGGUACAAAAUGCCGAGACUACUAAAGCUCAGGCUCUCUUCGAGCUCGAAGAAGCUAAAACGACCGUUUGGGAACUCUCUCAGAAGCUCGAAAGUAUAAACGAAUCCAAGAAUUCGGCUAAGCAAUUCAGAGAAGUCAACAAUUUCAAUUCUACAGAAACCGAAGGACCUUCAAAUCGAGCUGAAUAUACAGCUUUACUCACUGAACUUGAUGCUGCAAGAAAUGAGCUAAAGAGAAUUCGCCGAGAUUUUGAAGCCGCCAAACAGGGCAUUGAAGCUGAGAAAGCUGUCGAAGAAAACAUUGAAAAUGUUGGUGAGUUAUCGAAGGAGAUUGCCACUGUAAACGGCUCUAUUGAAGAGUUGAAGCUUACGAAUAAACGAGCAUUGGAAGAAGAAAUUGUGAUAUGUGCUGACAUGGACGAACAAAAGCAGUCAUGUAAGAACAGGCUCGAAGAAUUAGUGAAAAAGUUGCCCUUUUCGAAGAAAAAUAUUGAUCAUGGUGAACUCAUCAAGAAUCUCGAGAACGAACUGUGUGAAACAUUGGCGGAGAUUGAAGCUGCGAGGGCUAAAGAAUCACUGCGUAAAGUCGAAGAAGAGGGUAACUCAGAGAGGCUUCUAAUGGAAUCUCUUAAAGUAGAACUGAAUAACGUGAAAAACGAGCAUUACGAAUUGAAGGAGAAGGGAGCAGAAACUGAAACUAUUGCAGGUAAUCUCCAUGUGAAGCUCAGAAAAGCUAAGUACGAACUCGAAGAAGCAAUUGCGGAAGAAGCAAAAUCGAGAGGUGCUUCGGACGAAAUGGUUGCCACUAUCCGCCAGCUGGCAAUGGAGAGCCGUAGAGCCAAGCAAGAAUCUGAGGAGAUGAAAGGUCAAGUCGAAAAGCUGAAUAAAGAAGCAGAAGCUGCAAGAAUCGAUCUUGAAGAAGCAGAAACGAAGCUGAAAGCUGCUGUACACGAAGCCGAAGAAGCGAAAUCGUCAGAGGCUAAAGCCCUCGAAGAAAUUCGGAUGUUAUCCGAGCAAAUUAAUGCCACACGUCUGGAAAGUGGGGCCCGGGUUGUUACUUUAUCGAGGGAAGAGUUUGAUUUGCUGAGCAGAAAAGCGGAAGAGUGCGAGAAGUUAGCUGAGAUGAAAGUUUCGGCCUUAAUGGCUGAGGUGGCGGCUGUAAAAGUUGGUGAAAACGAGGCGAUGAGGCGAUGGGAGUGUGCGAAGAUGGAGAUUGAGGAUAUGAGAGCUCGAAAAAUGGAGGCGGUGAGGAAAGCUGAGAUGGCGGAGGCGGCAAAGAAGGCGGUGGAGGGAGAGCUUAGGAGGUGGCGGGAGUGUGAAGAGAAGAAGGCGGGGGAGGUGGCGGCAGUGGCGGAGAAGCAGAAGCCGGUGGAAAUGAAAAAGCUGGAAAAAGCUAAAACAAGUUCUUCUGUGGUUAAGAAAGUGAUGACGUCACCUGGUUUGAGUAGUGUGUUUUAUAGGAAGAAGAACCAUGGUGAGGGUUUUGGUUCUUCUACUCAGUUGUCUGGUCAACGGUUUUCUUGGUCAUAAUGUAGUUAGCAGUGUAUUAGUGGUUGACUUUUUGACUUGGGAAAUAUUGACUAAUUGUUUAACAAAGUCAACCCCCUUAAUCUUUGACUUCUACAAAGCAAUAUCAAUAACCAAUACAUUAUAUAUCA